AUGGAAGCGCUUUGGGACAGGAAUGACGAGUGUCUCUAGCUACAAAGUUAUGGUAGUGGAGAGUUCUUGGGGGUAAUAUCAGAAUGACGUUUCCAAUGACUGGUUUGCACCUUUAUCUAUUCGCCCUAAGCAGCUGAGUAAUAAAGUGAUCAAAUCAUGCAUGGCAGACUCAAGGUGCGUACUUCAGCGGAGGAGGCUGCUCGAAAGAAAAAGGAGCAGGAGAUCAAAGUGAAAACCUACCGAGCAGGAAUGGGAAGGAUCUUUGAAAAACGAAAGAAUGGACAGCUGGAUGACGAAAUGAUGCAAAUUACGGGGCAAAUUCUCUCGCGGAAUCCAGAUGUGUAUACCCUUUGGAAUAUUCGGAAGGAGUGCAUUCUUAAAAUGGCAGAAAGUUUAGGCAAUGAGGCUAAACAAUCUCUCUACGACAAAGACUUGGGAUUCACUGAACAAUGUCUAAUGGUGAAUCCGAAAUCCUAUGGCGCGUGGCAUCAUCGCUGCUGGAUUCUAGAGAAUUGUCCUACGCCUGAUUGGGAACGGGAAGUUGCUUUGUGCAAUAAAUAUUUGAAGCUUGACGAACGAAAUUUUCAUUGUUGGGACUAUCGUCGUUUUGUUGUCAAAAAAGCUAAAGUGCCGGCCGAAGACGAGCUGAAAUAUUGCACAGAAAAAAUCCAUAAGAAUUUUUCCAACUACUCAUCAUGGCACUAUCGGAGCAAAUUACUGCCACUUCUUUUUCCCCAUGAAACGAGUCCUGCGAGACCUAUCAGUGAGUCGAAACUGAAAGAAGAGCUAGAAAUGGUUCUGACUGCCGCCUUCACUGAUCCAAACGAUAGCAGCGCCUGGUUCUAUCAGAGAUGGCUACUAGGCUAUUCGCAGCCAGCAUUAGAUAUAGCAGCGAUACGAAUUUCAAAAAAUCUGGCAAUUGCUUCUUUUAGUAAACCUAUAGAUCUGCGCACCUGCGAAAUAGAAACAAAUUUCGGUUUCAAUUUUAAUCCGGACCGAUGGCAACCUGUUCAGAAAGGCAACAAAUAUGACGUUGCUUGGAUUGUAGAGGAUUCAUUCGAGUUAGGUGCCUCUGAUUUACAACAAUAUAUAUUUAAAUGUAGAAUGAGUGACGGUAAGGAUUAUGCCAUCAACCUCAAAAAGUGUUCCGAUGGAUUUUAUGGCAUGAAAUGCCCGAAAUUUGAAUAUGAGUUCGGUGCAGCCGUUAUUGAAGAACUGAAAAAUCAGUUGGAAUCAUGUAAUCAACUGCUGGAAUAUGAGCCUGAUAGUAAAUGGACUCUGCUCACGGCGUCGCUUCUAAUGCGUGCAAUUGAUCGGAGAGGAUACCACACAAAAUCUUUGGAGUAUUUACAAAAACUGGAAAAAAUUGACUACCUAAGGCAAGGAUACUAUGCCGAUCUAGCAAGCAAAUGGGCGAUAGAAAAAGUAUUAGAAGAGUGGAUAGAGCAAGGCGAUUUAACUGUCGCGAUCGAUUUAUCAAACCUCAACCUUGCUACUAUCUUCUAUGAACAAUAUAUGUCCAUUGCUAAAAUUGUAAUCUUGCGGAACAAUUGCCUUUCAGACAGGACAGCAACGAAAUUCAAUGCAUUCCAAUUCUGUGAAAACUUAGAUGCAUCUUACAACCAAUUUUCAACACCCGGAGUUAUUCCGCAUAUACCAAAUUUGAAGGUUUUAUCAUUGGAAGGGAACAAAUUCUCGAAUAAUGCGACCACAAGGUUGGAAGAUCAAAUGAAAAAUCUUUGAAAGGAGUAAAAGCCGCAACACCUUCAUUCAAUCUUGUGAUACGCCUUUGAAAACUAUCUUAAGUGGGAUGAAAGUCUUUCUUAUAUUUCACUAACUUCAAAGCACUCUAUAUCUUGCGGACCUCUUUAAAUCUUCUUGUAAAAAGAUCAGGUACAAAAGCAGUCGACAACUGAUUUGAAUAUUAUGUUUUCUUUUGGGAAAUAUACUGUUAAGCUAUAAUAUUGAAGUUUUCUAGAAAUGAAAUAGUCCACUUUGUAAGCUUAAUGAUUAAAACACUAUCGAAAUAUAUUAUAUCUUUCUGUGAACGAAA